CGAUGUUCGGAAAAAAACACCCCAACACCGGGUGAACGUUUUUUUCGCCGGAAUUAACGCUGAAGGUUGGCAGUGCGACGCUUGUCUAAUGGCUGAAGGACCUUGAUCUGCGUUUCCUUAACUACGGAUCACCGAUAUUCCCAAAAAUCUUGUCAAUUGACGGUCAUCACCCACUAUGUCGGCCCCAGCAGCCGCAACAAACGCUGUCAGUGCAGUCCAAGCCUUCGCACUCUCCUACGCCCUCGGCUCCGCCCCCCUCGACGCUGCCAACGACACCUGGAACACCUACGCCGAAGAAACAAUUCCCCAAUCUGACCCCUUCUCAACACCUCUCUCCCAACUCACUCUGCCCAAAUCCCACCAGCGUUUAUUGAAGAGCGCGAGGAAGAUGGCCUACCGCCUCGACGAUUUGAAUGUCGGUGCCCUCCUCUGCUGUUUUCCAGUCGUGGGUCCCCUAAUCACAUUCACCCUCCAAUCUCGAAUCGUAACACACGCCUCCGACGCCGGAGCCCCAGCCGUCGAAGUCGUAGGUCGUAUGCACGCAAACAUCACAUUCGACUUACUCAUCACGUUUUGGCUUCCAGUUGUGGGUGCGUGGUUUCAGUGGAGGAGGGGGAGUGCGACGAAGAAUGUUGCGCUUUUGGAGGGGUGGAUGAGGAAGAACUUGGAGAGGAGGCGGGAGGUGAAGCAGGGGGGAUGGUAUGAAGUCGAUGGGUCGUCAUAUGGAGUUGUACAGCAACCAAAAAGGGUUGUUAAUAUACCGUUUACGGGGAGGAAGGGGGGGCAGGUUGAUGGAGAGGUGUGAUGCGCUCAUGAGCGAUUAUGAUUGUUCCUGGAGGAGUUGGCGUCAUUCACCUUUCUUUAUACCGCCCAAUCUUAAUGAUAUAUGAUAUGCCACCCUGGCCUUCCCCUCUCCACUAUCCAGCCUUCUUC